AUGACAAAUGACCUCAGCCAGCUGAAGCGGACGAAGCUCAUCGUCAACCCGAAGCACCAGCGCAAUGGCUUGAAGAACUACCUUGGUGCUCUGAGCCGCUUCAAGUUCAGCCCGACCGUGGAAGGCCCAUACGCGAUGGUGGCACAAAUGCACCAGCGUGGCAAUGCCGCCAUCUUUCAGAAGACAGGGAAGAGUGUCGGCGGCAAGAUGCACGUUGGUGGCCAUGUCCUCACCAAGAAGGAUGCGUCUGGGCAGACCGGAGAGGUCCCCGCGACCGACGUUGAGCAGAACUCUGAGUACCUUUGCCCCGUCCAGAUUGGUACACCUGCUCAGACCUUGACGUUGGAUUUCGACACCGGCUCUGCCGAUCUCUGGGUCUUCUCCACCGAGCUUCCUGCAGCAGACCAGAACAGUGGCGGAACCAAGCACACCUUGUUCGACCCAUCAAAGAGUUCUACCUGGAAAGCUCAGAGCGGCAGCACCUGGAACAUCUCCUACGGUGAUGGCAGCAGUGCCAGUGGCGAUGUCGGAACAGACACCAUCUCACUCAGCGGCUUGACAGUGACCAACCAAGCUAUCGAGCUCGCAAAGGUGCUGAGCAGUGAAUUCGCAUCAGGCCAAGGUGACGGUCUGCUUGGUCUUGCAUUCGGCUCCAUCAACACCGUCCAGCCGACUCAAGUUGCCACACCCGUGGAGAACAUGAUCUCCCAGCAGGACAUUCCACAGAACGCCGAGCUCUUUACUGCCUGGUUGGGCGAUACUACCGACAGCAGCUUCUACACAUUUGGCUUCAUCGACCAGACUGCAUUGGGCAGUGCCACGCCUGCGUACACUGCUAUCGACAAUUCUCAAGGCUUCUGGCAAUUCCCGUCAGCCACCGCUACCGUCAAUGGCAAGGCUAUCCAGCGCUCCGGCAACACCUCUAUCGCCGACACUGGCACUACCCUUUGUCUUGUCGAUGACGCUCUGUGCCAGGCUUUCUAUGGCCAAAUCCAGGGCGCGAAGCAGGAUCAGUCGCAGCAGGGUUGGGUCUUCCCUACCUCCGCCGCAUCGUCGCUGCCUACUCUCCAGCUCGCCAUCGGCGACACUUAUUUCGCUGUCAAUCCUGCAGACAUCGCAUUCCAAGAUCUUGGCAAUGGCACGACUUACGGCGGUCUCCAGUCCCGUGGCUCCAUGACCAUGGACAUCUACGGAGAUGUUUUCCUCCGUUCAGUGUACGCCAUCUUCGACCAGGGCAACACCCGCUUCGGAUGUGUCCAGCGGGCAGCUUCUGGAUCGAGCACUUCCAACGGCACGCCUGUAUCUGGUGGCUCCGGAUCAUCCGGCAGCACUCAGCCCACCACAGGCGGUGGUUCCGGCGCCAAUCAGCCUCCCACUGGCGGCUCUUCUGGCUCGGGUGCUGGUUCCGGCUCUAACCAGCCGGCCAGCGGUGGUUCCGGAAGCACUCAGCCAACCACUGGAGGCUCGUCCGGUAGUGAGCAGCAUCGUAAGCAUCAUCAUCACCACAAGCAUGGGGAUAGCAACAAGCAGGAGCUUUAA